ACAGGUGUCGCAAGCCACACAUUUUUCUUCCUCACUCCUCACACAGUCACACUGUCGACCGCACCACGAGUGGCCAUGCUCCAACUCGCCCCCACGCCGCUGCCGUCGCCGGCGGCCGGGCGUAGGCCUCGACCCUCCUCCGCAUGCAUCUGCUGCUCGAGCGUACGCGCGCUGGAGGAGGCGAAGCGGGUGGUGCUGGUGCGGCACGGGCAGAGCACGUGGAACGCCGAGGGCCGCAUCCAGGGGAGCUCCGACGCCUCCGUGCUCACGCCCAAGGGGGAGGCCCAGGCCGAGACCUGCCGCCAGAUGCUCGCCUCCGACUCCUUCGACGCCUGCUUCACCAGCCCGCUGGCGCGCUCCCGCCGCACCGCCGAGAUCAUCUGGCAGGGGCGUGGGCGUGGGCGUGGCGACGGCCUCAUCCCGGACCCCGACCUCCGCGAGAUCGAUCUCUACUCUUUCCAGGGACUCCUGAAGCGCGAAGGGAGGGAGAGGUACGGUCCUCUGUACCGGCAGUGGCAGAAGAACGCGGCCGAGUUCAGCAUCGACGGCCACUACCCGGUGCAGGAGCUGUGGGACCGCGCACGGAGCUGCUGGGAGAGGAUUUUGGCGCACCGGGGCAAGUCAGUGCUCGUGGUCGCGCACAAUGCAGUGAACCAGGCACUUGUUGCCACCUCUUUGGGGCUUGGCGCGGAGCACUUUCGGAUUCUGCUCCAGAGCAACUGUGGCGCUAGUGUGCUGGACUUCACCCCACGGGCUGGGGGAGGUCCUCCUACCGUCUGCCUUAACCGCUUAAAUCAGACCCCAAACUCUCCUGUCGCUGGGGGAAGUUCUGCGGGAAGAAAGACGAGCAAGAGGAUCAUUCUGGCCUGUCAAGGGGCUACACAAAGCAGUUCUGAGAUUAGCUUGGGUGGAACGGGAUAUGCGCCGCUGAACAUGCUCGGGACUAUACAGUCUCAGAAGACUGCGGAACUACUCCUGGAUUUGAAGGUCGACAGCAUCGUCUGCAGCCCGCAGGUGGCAGCUGUUGAUGCCGCGACUAUCAUAUGUGAGGUCCAAGAAGCUGCAGAUUGCUUAGGUGCUGAUUGCGUGCCUCGUUACGUGGAAACGAAAAGGUUGAUAGAACUUGAGAUUGAAGACGCCUUUCAAGCAAAGCAGAAGAGAUUUGGGGACAUAGGCGGCGGCGGCACGGAGUACAAAUCACUGGAGCGAGUAUGGGCUCGGUCCGAGGAUGCAUGGCAGGCACUGCUCAGGGAGUUGCCAGAUGACACAUCGGAGCGUGUUGUUGUGGCCGUAGGUCAUCCUGCCAUUCACCUAGCUCUAAUCUGCCGGUGCCUUGGUUUGCCGAUGGAGUAUCUGUCUUCUUUCCACCUGGACGAAGGCAGCGUCAGUGUGAUCGAUUUCCCAGACGGACCGAGAGGAAGAGGCGUCGUCAGAUGCACGAAUUACACGGCCCAUCUGGGAAGAUGGGCGAUACCCAUUACACGGCCCAACUGAAAAUGACUAAGAAUUCUAAUCUAACAUGCUAGUUCCCCUCUGUAUAGCAUAGCAUCACCAUACCGAUGUACGUACAUAUAUAAAUCUUGAUCUCAGUAUGUCACCAAGGCAAAUGAUGAAUAUGUCUAUUCGGAUGACGUCAAGUGGUUAUCAGUUCAAGAGAAGAGAGACCAGACCGAUGGAUUCCGUUUCGUGUGGCAUACAGGACAGGACAGGAAGAGAUGCUGACAAAGGCUGAUGCCUCGAUCUGCAUGGCGGAAGAAGGUUCAGGGCUUGAGCAGGAGCAUGCCACAUGUCUUUUCUGCUGCCACGUGUAGCGCUUCAACUUCCAGCAGCACAGCACUGCACUCUACAGGCUGCUGCAACGCCUCGAUCCCAUGCCCAUGGCCAUCCAUGUCGAGCGAGCCCACCAUGCACUCUACUCUAACUAAUCUAAUGGAGUACUCAACGCCGCACCAGGUGUCCGGGAACCAGCAGCACGGUUACUCCGGCGAUGGCCGGCCAAGAGGCACAUCCGGCGGGGAGUCCGACUCCGACGACGACGCCCUCCUCUUCCUCGCCGUCCCGGCAGGCUGGCUCGUGCGCCUGCUCGCGUUCCUCGGGGAGCUCGUGGCGUCUGCCAUCCUCGGCCUCGUCUUCCCCGUCGCAGCCCUCGUGGGCGCGCUGCGCGCCCUCCCCGCGGCGGCCGCGUCCAGCCUCCGGCGCGUGGCGCGCGGCCUGCUCGCCGCGGCGUGCACCUUCGCCGCACUCGUGGCCGCGCUGCUCGUGUCCGUGCUCCUGGGCUUCGUUCUCGUCCGGCGCUGCGUCGAGGGCCCGGUCACCGUGCGCCAGCAGCUCUUCUUCGACUACACGGAGGCGCAGCCCAGCGCCGCGGUGCUCCUCGGUGGAGCGCGAGGCGCCGUGCUGCCGGCGGGUCACUCCGUCAGCGUGUCCAUGGCGUUGCUCCUUCCUGAUUCCUACCACAACCGUGAGGUUGGCAUGUUCCAGAUAAAAGCAGAGGCGGUCUCGGCAAGUGGAGUCACCAUGGCAUCAGCGACACAGCCGCACAUGCUUCGUUACAAGAGCGGCCCAGUCCGGCUGGCGCAGACCGCGCUGCUGUGCGUGCCGCUCACUCUGGGCAUGCGCAGCGAGGCCCAGGCCGCCAGCCUCAGGGUGCUGCAGUACAGGGAAGGGCACGGCCGGCACAGGAGAACAGGGGCCAUCAGAGUGCUGCUGCAGCCGAGAGCCGCGACGGUGAGCCUGCCCCAGGUGUACAGGGCAGAGGUGGUCGUGCAGACGGCGCUUCCGUGGGCGAAGAGCCUGGCGCGCGGGUUCAGGUGGACGCUCUGCGUGUGGGUGUCCUCCUCCGUGUACGCCGUCCUCGCUGUUUGCUGGGUCCGGCCUCUCGUGCUGUCCGCGAGGAGGAGGCCGUCUGGUGUUCAGGAGGCCGAUGGAAACUUGGCUUCUGGUUUGGGUUUAGUAGACAUGGGCGACCGCCCAAGGAAGGAGGCGUCUGAUUGUCUUGCAGCGAGGUGGAGAGCGAGGAGAAGCGAGCGGAAAGCGCAGCUCCGAACGCGGUUACAUGGAGGCGGCAUGGAGCUGGAGGCCACUGAGGAUUCAGCUUCUAGUGUUGCGGUGGUAGAGAGAGAGAAAGAGCCUGGUGAGGCCGUGAAUGAUCCUUGAGAAUCUGGUUGUGUACAAUCGUCGGUAUCUGGUGGUAUCAACUAAUUUUAAUUAAGGGUGUUUCUAUACUACUCUACAUCUCGAGCCAUGUAGAUGGAUGAAUGAACACUGCAUACACUUCAUGGAA